ACGUAUACUCAGUACGAAAUACAUAACGAGGACAAAUGUAGUUUGCGGUUUUAAAUUUAAAUACUUCUACAAAAAACUUUUAAAAUGUUUACUAAAACAUUUGUAUUGCUUAUAUUAACAAAUACGGUACUUGGGGCGCUUUUUCACGAGUCAUCACUGAUACAAAUAGAGCCACCAGAUGAUAUUGAAAAUAUGGCGUUUGGGUUUUCAAUAGGUUAUCAAAAAUCAGGACAAUUGGUGAUCGGCGCACCGUAUAACGACUUAAACGGAGCUGUAUACAUAUGUACUAUUGAAGAUAUAAUGAAUGACAAACGCGUCUGUCAAAAGGCUAACAUCGACGUGGAAGGACUCACUGUAAAUUCAACUAGAGAAGAUUAUCCUGAUCGCCAUUACUGUCUUGGUGCAUCUAUCGCUGCAACUGACGAUUAUUUUUUGACUUGCGCUCCGUUUUGGAAGUCUUCGUAUGAUAAAAUUGAACCGGGAAUUACCUCUAGCUCGUAUGGUACUUGUUUUAUGUACAAUGGAACUGCACAUCUUUAUAAUGGACCUUACGAACAAUACAUAAAAAACAAGGUCAAUAGACAUUCUUUUGGAAAUGGACUUGGUUGGACUUCGUUAUACGAUCAAAGUAACAAUUUGAUACUUUUAUCCAAGAUAUUUGACAGAGGCCACCUCAGUUAUAUUUCAAGCGAAGACCCUUUAAAGCCUUCAUGGUCAACAGAAAGCCUCACUAGUACUGCGAGGUUCCAAAGUAUUGCUAAUAAGUUCCGUUAUAUUGGAUCUGGUCUUGCUUCGGGAAAGUUCCUAUAUUCGAAUACAAAUCAAACGGUGUAUGCAGUUAGUAUGCGAACUGAUGACACAUAUGGCAAGAUAUUAUUUCUAAAAUAUAAAAAUAAAAAACUGUAUUUGGUGCCUCGUGUGAGUGUCGACUCUGAAAUGGUCAACACAAUGUUCGGGUCGGCGAUGGUCGGCGCGGAUAUUAAUUCCGAUGGAUACACAGAGCUCGUUGUGGGAGCGCCCGCGUAUUACGAAGACGAUGCGUACGAAACAGGAGCAUUGUAUAUCUAUACAGGAGGCGAUUUGGAAACUAUAGGAAGUAGGAACAGGACGCGGUUGAUUGUUGGCAAUAAAGUGGGUGCGAGAUUCGGCAGUGCUAUUGCUUCGACUGAUGUCGAUGGAGACGGUUUUCCAGAGUUAAUUGUUAGUGCUCCUUACGAAGACUUUGGCGUUGGAGCUGUGUAUAUUAUAUAUGGAAAAUAAUUGAACAAGAACUGUCUUAA